AUGAAAUUUUCAGCCUGUCUGACGGUUCUCGGUCUUACAUCAGCUGCUAGUGCCGGUAUAUAUACAUUUCCUGCCGCAGCCCCGAAUGUGGCCUAUAGCGUUACCCUAGAUACGGGGGUCCCUUUCUUCCAAAUCGUCGCAUCUACUUCCUAUCAAUGGGUUGCUCUCGGUGAGGGAUCGCAAAUGCCCGGCGCCAAUAUAUUCGUCAUCUACGCAUCUGGCAGUGGUAACGUCACCGUGUCGCCCCGACUAGGUGUUGGCCACUUCGAACCCGAGUUCAACCCCAACGCUCAAGUCUCUCUGCUUGAAGGGAGUGGCAUUCAAGAUGGCUACAUGACAGCAAAUAUCCGAUGCGAUAGCUGCCUUCACUGGCCAGGUGGAUCUCUCGACACUGCCAGUCCAGCAAGCAACUGGAUCUGGGCUGUUAAAGAGGGCAGCCCGCUCGACACUACAGAUAAAUCUGCCUCUAUAGUCCAGCACGACACUGAAGGCAACCAGGCCAUUGAUUUGACUCAAGCAACCAUCUCGUCCGCAAACACGGCCGAUAGCAACCCCUUCCAUGGAUUCAACGGGACACUCGCCGUCGCCGCCGCCGCGGUAGCCUCGUCGGGCGGCGGGUCUUCUUCUGGGACUAUGAUUCUGGUCGCUCACGGCUUUCUUAUGGCGUUUGCCUUUGUUGUGCUGUUUCCCAGUUUCGCUGUCAGUAUACACAUCAUCCCUUACUCGAAGACCGUGCCCCGGAUUCAUGCACCUCUACAACUGUUCACGCUCUGCGUCGCGCUGGCUGGCCUAGGCCUUGGGGUCUACCUGGGUGUCACCGGUGAUUUGAUGAGCAGUUAUCACCCCAUCAUUGGCCUUAUCACUGUCGGAAGUAUAUUGCUCAUCCAGCCUCUCAUGGGCUUGAGCCAGCAUUUGCACUUCCGCAAGACAGGGCAGAAAGCUUGGUUUGCUUAUGUCCAUCGAUGGUUUGGUCGUUUCAUCAUCCUCCUGGGUAUUAUUAAUGGGGGACUGGGGUUUAUGCUCGCUGGCAUUGGAACAUCGGGUGUUCCUAAGGGGGCAGUGAUUGCCUAUUCGGUUAUCGCGGCAGGAGUUGUUUUCGUAUACAUUGCCGUCGUGGGUUCCCAAGCAUUUUUGUCGAAGCGCUAG